ACUCACGGUCGUCAUGGUAACGUGUAAACAACUUUCCCUGGAGAUCAAAGACACACUCGUUCCUUCAUAUAGCAUAACAACGAUGGCGCCCAAAGGAAAGAAGGCGGGAAAGAAGAAAGGAGGGAAGAAGAGAGAUAAGAAAGAAGAUGAAGAGGAAGGAAAAGGAAAGGAAGUCAUUACAGAGUUGGAUAAACAUUAUUAUCUCAAUCAAAUACAGGCACUAGAGGUUAAAGUCAAACGUUCAACAACUAAAUGUGAACAACUGGACGAAGCUGAACAACACGCAAGGGCCCAGUAUGACAAGUUACACGCUGAUAAGACGGAUAUCAUCAAUUUCCUCAAAGACAGAUUAUCAAACAAGAGCGACGAGGUGGAGGAAUUGAGAAGUCGACUGUCUGGUCUAGUGAAAGCUAAACGCGCAGAGCAACAGGAAUAUGAGGAAAGGCUCUCGACUCUGGCCAAGGAAGCCGAAAACACCAGACUUGACCUCAACGACAAGAUUAUAGCAUUAACCAGGAAAUUGGAGAGUUUGGAGGAGUUUAGACAACACAAGGAGGAAUUGGAGGCCAAACUUUGUAACUUGGAGGAGGAGCUAGUGAAGAACAACGAGAAGCAUCAGGAAAAGGUUAGUUUCCUGGAGAAGGCGUCAUUGGUGGAGGCGGCAGCUCUGAGGGCCGAACUGGAGGCUCGAAUCACCCGGAUCACCGAGGAUUUACGUCGAGCUGCGCAGACCGAGGUUCAUUCGACCACCCGACGCGCACUUCACGAGAAUGAAGCCCUGACGAAACAGCUUGAUGUGUUUAGGGAAAAAAUUAGCGCCUUCAGAGCUGAGAAUCAACAACUUAGGGAUUCUUUAUCAGAUUCUCAGGUAAGAGAGGGCCUUCUUCAGGAUACCGUCACCAGCGUUACAGCCAGAGGUGAACAGCGUGCCCGGCUUCUACAGACAGUGACGGAAAGAGCGGAGCAACACAGCCAUAUAUGGGUCGACUAUGAUCGCUUAGUACGAGAAAAUAAUCAACUGAGACGCGAUUUGCAGGUCAUGCAAGGUCAACUGGACGCGUCAACCCAGGCAUCGUGUGACCUCCGCGAAAAGGCCGCUGAAAAGGACGCCGCUCUGGAGGUCACGACGUCUCAUCUAAAACAACAAGACGCGGCUCGGAAAAUGCUGCAUAAUACUGUCAAGCUGUCAUUGUCUCUCCUCCAUCAUGCUGCCUUUAUGGAUGAUGAUGAGGCAGAUGGUGAUCACUUAGCUGGCACCCUCGAACAACUGGUCAGUCUCUUAUCCUCAGCCGAGAGUUCCCAGACGAUAUCCUACACACCUCCUACCACCCAGAGUGCAGCCGUGACUCCUGACUCCCCGCCACACCAUGCCCAGGAAGAGGUCACAGAGAAUCUCGGUCAGGUCAAGUAUCGUGCCGGUGACCUAGGGUUGUUGCCCCGCCCUCAUCGGAAAGCAAAGACUCAAUCUGCAGUUACUGAUUGACCUAACUUAACCUGAUCUAACCUAACCUAACUAAAUCUGGACUAAUUUAACACUAACCUAACCAACUGACUUGUUUCCAUGUUUAGGCAAAAAUUCCCACGAGUCUACUAAAAAAUUCCCACAUCUAUGCCGAGAAUUCCCACAGAUUUCCCUCAAAUUGCAAAAAAAAAAUCCACAACUUUGUCCAUAAUUCCCACAACUUGGGCAAAAUUCCCACAUCCAAUAUAUAACAGUUGAGUUAUUAUAUAUAGUUAUAAUACAAUAUAGACCUAUAAUAUAACAGAUAUAUAAUUAUAAUUUAUAUAAACUAGUUGUACUAACUCUCCAUAUAUAAACAGUACUAUAAAAUUUUAAAGAAUAUUAUAACAUUUCGGAUUAUAGAAUUGUUAUACUGUAUGUUUAAUUCAGUGAUAUAAAAUAAACAUUUGAUAUAUAAUUACCGAUGUGCAUAUUUAUAUAGUUCAUUAGAUUGAAGUUCCACAUAUAAUGGACCCUUGAUAUAAUAGACUUUCAUCUCUAUACAGUCCAUUAUAUACAUUCCACAUAUAAUGGACCCUCAAUAUAAUGGACUUUCAUCUCUAUUAACCCAUUAAAUAUCCUUCACUUCACAUCACCACAAACAAAAUGUAAACACUAACAUUAUUUUAAUACGUCAACCCAUAAAUAAUUUCUCGCCUCCAUAAACGUAAAAUGAAUAACAUCAGUAAAUCAUUCCAAUACGUCCUUACCCCUAUCCCAGAUGAUACAAUAUGUCCAUUAAUACCCUAAUAACAGUAUACUCUCUUAAAUUUAUAAACACCCUGUAUAAUACUUCGAGAUAAAGUUUAUAUAUCGAGUGUCUUCAAGAGAGCUCAGGUUCUCAAUCAUCUUCACCAUAUUAGUUGUAUUUUUUUUUUAAUUGACUGUGUU